AUGGAUGGUGAGCCGAGCUACACCGUCUACAUCCGGCUGCCCUUUCCCCGAGGCGACUUUGUCGAUCCGCCGCCUGUGAAAUGGGAUGCCUCCAAAGAUGAAUCUCUGUGGAAAAUUCUCUCAGGUGUUUCAAAGACCGAGAUCGAUUGGGUCGAGUUAGCUGCCAGGUUUGAAGUCACUAUGGACUUUCUGCUCCAGCAAGCAACCUACCUCACCGAGCGCCAUGCCUCACAGGUUCGAGCCCAGAUGCGCAAGGCAACCGCUGCGGCGAGGAGCUCAGCUGCGCCAUCACCCGUCCCCGGCUCUGACUCAAACGCUACCCUCGAGGCAAUGAGGAGAACAGGCUCGUCUCAAGGAGCAUACGGCCACGCGAGAGCCCCCUCGUCCCUUUCCGUCCGGAGGGACUCGCCCAUGCCAAAGAACGACGGCGGCGCCCCUGAAACUCCCAGGAUAGGGACGUCCGGAGCCGGGUCCGCUGGUUUCGGCGCUCCUGGUCGGCCUCAGGCAUCACGCAACUCGUCUUCCGGCACAACAGCACAAGUUGGCAGUACAGACAACGGCUGCCUUCUCUGCCCACCGUGCCAUCCUCAGUGGCGAACCCUGCUGGCAUGGAACCUACUGCGCCGCAAGCUAUCGACCCGCCCUCCCCCGGGCCCGGCCGACUCGCCCUCUCCCACAUCUUCGGCCUCAUCCAGCCCCGCACAAUCUCGAAUCAUCCGGCGACCUCCUCGCUUUCAACAGAAACAACAGGAUCAGGGUGGUGUUGGAUCUGCAUUUGUUGAUGACGACGAUGACGACGACGAAGAAGCAGAGCCUGCAUUCUUGCCUUUCAGGGCGAAGGCUUCCACGUCCAUCGAAGCUGGAGGCAGUGGCGGCGACGGCAGCGGCCAGUACACUGACCCCAGUGCCACGUUACGAGGGGACCCUCGUGACUUUGCUUCCAAUGCCGCGAGGCGAUUACAGAAUGUCACCGGCUCUGACCAGGGCAAGGGCAAGGGAAAAGAGAGGGAGCGUGUACUUCAGAAGUCGUCCAAUUCUGAUUCGUCGGAGAAUUCGGCGGCCUUCAUGUCCAAGCCGUCGUCCAGUGGCCGCAGGCAUCCUUCGGGGCCGCUAUCACCGCGCAGAACGGUCGAAUUGAAGCAGAAGGGGUACUCGAGAGAGGGAAGUGACGGCACGCCGAGCAUGGGCAGCAGCUUUAGUGAUCUGGACGAUGCUUCAGUGACCCACCACAUCCCCGGCCCAAAGCUGGCGGCAGCAACCUACCUGCCCGAGUUCUAUUAUGAUGUGGUCAAGUUUGGGCGGUACACCAGAGAGAUUCGGGAGAUGCACAAGAAAUACGGGCCUCUCGUCCGAAUCAACCCCUACGAGAUCCACUGCAGCGACGUCAACUUUAGCGAUGAGAUAUACGCCGUUGGCGGCCGCAAGCGCGACAAGCCAUCGCAUCAGGUCGAUGGGACAGUGAUUAACUUGUCUGAAUUCGGUACGAUCGACCACGACCUCCACAGGGUGAGGCGCGCCCCUGUGGCCAAGUUUUUCUCGCGCGGCAAUGUCGCGAAGCUGGGGGGCGAAAUCAAGGAGCACGUCCAGAUGCUCUGUGACAAGCUGCUCAGGCACAACGGGAAGGAGCCCUUCGACGUCAAGACCGCGUACAGCUGCUUCACGGCUGAUGUGAUAUCCUCAUACUCUUUCGGCCAGAGCUUUGGCUUCCUCGAACAAGAGGGAUGGUACCCAAAUUUCAAGGACCCGACCGAAGCUGCCUUGCAGACCUCGCAUUUCUUCAGAUUCUUCCCCUUCUUGAAGCACCUGGACCAGCUCGCGACCUGGUUUGUGGAUUAUCUACCAGAGGACGUGGCCCUCUUCGUCCGGACGAUGCAGAUCGAUAUUCCAGUCAGCAUCAACCAGACAAGGGAGAACGUAGAGGCUGGCCUGAUCAGGUCGGACAAGCGGCCAACCAUCUUCGGGUCCUUGCUUGUGGAGCAGGAGCUGCAGUCCACCGAGAAGGGUACCAAAAGGCUGGCAGCUGAGGGUUUUGCCAUCCUCGGCGCCGGCACCGAGACGACCGCUUCGGCCCUGGCUGUCAUCACGUACCACCUGUUGACCAAGCCGCACCUGCUGGCGAAGCUGACGGCAGAGCUCGAGCAGUUCGGCGUCACCAAGUCCCCGCGGGAGCUGCCGACCUUCCCUGACCUGGAGAAACUACCCUACCUCGGCGCCGUGAUCCAGGAGGGCCUUCGUCUCUCGUAUGGCGUGGCCUCCCGCACUGCGCGGAUUGCUACGGAGGAGGAUCUGGUUUACCGAGGAGAGUGGAACAAGAAGCCCGUGGAGCUUAUCAUUCCGCGUGGUUACGCCGUGGGCAUGUCGACUUACAUCACCCACCACGACGAGACAGUCUUCCCCAACUCCGACGAGUUCAUCCCCGAGCGGUGGCUCGACGAGCAGAACCACCGCCGCAAGGAGGUCGAGAGAGGGCAAAUGGCCUUUUCGAAAGGAUCAAGGAAGUGUCUCGCCAUGAACCUGGCACUCUGCGAGAUCCAUUUUGUCGUUGCGGCUUUGGCUAUGAGAGUGUUGCCUCGCAUGACCCUGUUCGAGACAACGGAGGAUGACGUGCUGUAUGACCAUGAUAUGUUCAUACCAAUGGUCAAGGCUGGGAGCAAGGGCAUUCGUGUCACGGUGUCUUAG